GCCAGGUCCUCAGGGUCCACAAACUGGUGCUCCUGGCAUCCUCGGCCCACUUCGAGCGCAUCCUGCAGGCGUCGCCAGAGGGUCAGCAGCCGGUCAUCAUCAUGGACGGCACGAGAUACGCUGACCUCAGGGCGCUGGUCGACUACAUGUACCGAGGCGAGGUCAACAUCGAGCAGGAUCAGCUGUCGUCGCUGCUCAAGACGGCCGAGACGCUGAAGAUCAAGGGGCUGGCGGACGUGGCGAGCAAGGAGGAGGACGACGGCGGCGGGAAGGAGCGCCUCCGGGACAACGGCGGCUCGGCCUCGACGCCGCCCCCGGCCAAGAGGCCCAAGCAGUCGCCCGGGGACUCCGGCCUCCCGCCUGGAGGACCCGACGUCCGCGACCACAGAGGGACCAACUCGAGGGACGCCCUCCGGCCCGACCUCCGCGACCUGCGCGACCUGCCCCACUUCAGCAUGGUCCCCAGCGGCUACUCGCGGCGGCCGGCGUCCCCCCCGGCGCCGCCCCUGCCCACCGCCGCCUCGCUCACGCCGGCGCGCUCCCUCCUCUACACGUCCUCGCUCAUGUCCCGCCCGACGUCCAAGAGCCCCGGCCCGCCCCUCCCGGCGCCGCCCUUCUUCCCCAGCGGCCUGGUGAGACCUCGGUCCCCGCACCCACAGUACGACCCCACUGCGGGCUCCAGCCUCCUGCCGCCACGCACGUCGCCGCAGUCGCCGGUGCCAGACCCCAAGAUGGUGCAGCAGCUCGGCGUCCCCCCCUUCGGCCUGCCCUUCUCUCUGCCGCUCCUUCAUGAUUCCAAAAAGAUGAUGGAGAGAAACGCCCACAAACUGGCGCCCACGUCCCACUACGACGCCCACGACGACAAGGACCGCCCGCCGCCCGUGUGGCCUCCGCGGGGCGCCUCCGACCUCGACAUGGAGCGGGAACGGGAAAGAGAAAGGGAGAGAGAACGGGAGAGGGAGAGAGAGCGGGAGAAAGAGAGAGAACGGGAGAGAGAAAGAGAGCGCGAGAGAGAAAAAGAAAGAGACAGAGAACUGGAGAGGGAAAGGGAGAGGGAGACCCAACGAUUAUUAGACCGCGAAAGGGAGAGGGAAAGGGAGAAAGAGAGGGAGAGGGAAGGGGAGAAGAACAUGCAGAACGACAGUCACAACGGCACGAAGGACCCGGAUCGGCGGCAGGAGGACGAGAAAUCCUUCAGCCCGAAGGACAAGGACGACCACUCGCCCUCGGGAGACUCCGUGAUCAGCAAGACCGAGCUCCUGACCCCCGAAGGCGAUGUCGUAGACGAAGACGACGACAACACCACCAACACCACCACGACGACCACCACCACGGGCCGCGACACCACCGCUUCGGAAAUCACCACCACCGGCUCCCGUCAGAGGAACCUGUCCACGUCCUCGUCAGGCAACACGUCAACAGAGUUGGUGAAGUGCCCUUACUGCCCCCGCUCAUACCGCCACCAGAACAACCUGCGGACCCACAUCCGGUGUUUCCACAAGGGCGUGCGGAUCCCGUGCCCGAUCUGCCACCGCGGGUUCACCCGCUGGUUCACGGUUCGCUGCCACAUCGCGCGCGAGCACCAGAACGUGGACUUCUCCCGCCCGGAGGCGCUUCCGGCCCAGCUGCGCCGCGCCCUCUACCCUCCCUACCCGGAGUAGUGGCCGUCCGUCCCCGAUCACGUCAGACUCCUGCCCCGGCUGCCGCUGCCCACGACGGCGCCGGCGACGCAGGGGCUCUCCGCCGUCCUCGCCGACGCCCCGCGGCCAGACGACGCCCGCCGCCCCCGGCAGGAGGGGCGGGCUCGGGGGAGCCCGCGGCGAGAGUCGGAGUGACGCAACGCGGCGAAGAGUCUGGGUGAUACUUGGUGCUCUGUGUACAGACGGCCCCCGAGGCCCCGAUGGUAUCCAUGUGUACAGCUGGUCGAGCACCAGACCGACGACGAAGGACCGCCCGGGUGCUCGCCAGCCUCCAGUGUUGUUGGUAUGCUGUAGGCGACGCUAGUGAUAGUCACACUGUGGACUCGCGCUUGGGUCUUUAGCUGUGCUUGUGAAGCACGCUAAACUGUGUUAUGUAUGGUCCAUGGCCGGUGUUCUCGUAGCUUCAAGUGUGCUAAUAUCAUAACCCCAAUACCAUAGUGUAAGCGUGGAGUCGUAUUAUGGACCUUGUUAACUGUAGGUUUUAUUUGAAAUGGUUAUAUUUUAUAGAAGAUUAAUCACGAACCCAAGAAAGGGAAGGUAUGUUUCUUCUGUUCAUAAUCUAGUGAAUGAUUUCUGGUGUGGGUGCCUUAUGCUCAACAAAGCAAGCAUGCACAAGAUGUUUGUAGAUGUACAGUAUUAUUUUUAUAGCUGCCAUCAUUAUCCCUCCAACAAAGCACGGGCGGUCAGAGCCGGGGAAGCAGGGGUCCCUCACAAGGACCUCAGCCCUGAAGUGUCAGGGAAGCCAAGAGGGCAGGGAGGGGCCCGGUUAUCAAUGUUCCUCUUUUGCAAAUGCGCCGUUCAACUUCCUCUGCGAAGGCAAGGCAAGUUCAGCAUUUUUUUUUCCUUUUUUUAGUUUUCGUAUAGCAAUGUUGUUUUGAAUGUGUGUUCAUGGGCUCACCUCCCUGCCCUUGGUAUUGCAGGGGACGAAAUACUAUAUAUAUAUAUGUCUAAAAAAAGAGAAAAGAGAAAACCCUGCAUCAAUUAUAAGAACAAGUUACUCAGGUAUCCACGUUGGGUCAAGCACCCGGUCUUAUCUACCUCAUGUUUUGUAUCCUUCUAGUUGUUAUUGCACCUUUGCUAGCUCACACGAAGUUCCCUCGUCUUGGAGGACACUUCCUACACCCUCAAGAUAUAGCAGAUUUUAGAACCCCAUGACUCUGUUGGAGUAUCUUCCAGGUCAAACGUACAAAACCACAGAAACUAUAUUUUCUAGACUCGAAAUCUGGAAUUGCUGACAUGUUCCUUAGUCAACUAGGCCUAAAUAAUGUAUGACUUCAAUGCUUACGGAUAAAUCAGUACUUAGAGUGUAAAAGCUGCGGGAUAUUUAUUUAGUGUUGCCGAGUUAGAUGCCCCGCAGUCGUCCUUUUGAAGCCAAAGCAAUCUAGAAAUAAAAAAAGAAAAAGAAAAAAAAGAAAG